UGGUGCUAUUAUGAGAAAACGCGGAGAGGCGCGAUGUUUUGUAAGAUUCGUAAGAUUCUGAUACGUAACCAGAUAUCAACGUAAUGAUUCGCCUCAAUAAUUUAGAGGAAAUUUAAGUUGAAGUUGUGAGAACGCGGACAAGUGAAAAUGUCACUAAAAAGCUCCAUACCUAUUCUAAAACCAAAAUUGUUCAGAAUAUGUUUGAGGCAGGCAAGAUACACUAGUGAGAGCUCUUCAAUAAUAGGUCGAGAUUUCAUAAGCCCAGAGGACUUCUCUGCCAAAGACAUUAAAAAAUUUCUGUGGAUUGCAAAAGAUUUUAAACAUUCUAAGGGGGUGAAAUGCUCACAGAUUCUAGGUGGUAUAAGGAAUUGUAAUGCCACUGUCAUCAUGGCUAAACCACAAGUUUAUUGCCAAGUGUCAAUAUCAAAUGCACUGCACUACCUUGGUUGCUCAACCAAUUUAGUGAUUGAUGAAAACUGGGAAAAAUCUUCAUGUGGUAUAACAGAUUUGGGAAGGGCACUUUCAAAAAUUACCAAUGUGAUUAUUGCUGUGGGUUGUCAUCACGAUAGUGUGAUUGCACUACGUGAUGGUGCAUCAGUUCCUGUGGUUAAUUUUAAGUCGUCAUCAUUCCAAUUAUUGGCAUGUUUGGGAAAUCUUCUCACAGUUCAAGAGUGUUAUGGUUUUCUAAAGGGACUUAAAAUUGCAUGGAUUGGACCGUCUCAUGCUGCUCUGUACACCUACAUUUUUUUGAGUCCCAAAUUGAAUAUGAAUAUACAGUUUACUGCUACAUGUGGAGAAGAUCAGGUGGAGAACCAAGAUUUAUUACAGAUAGCUAUAAGAUAUGCUUCUAAAUGUGGAGCUGAGGUUACCCAGUGCCUUGAAGCUAAAGAUGCUGUGUAUAGAGCUCAUGCUAUUAUAACAACGAGGCAUUCAUUUCCUGAAUUGCAAAUCACUAGAGAAAUGUUAUCACAAGCUGCUGUCAAUUGGUCUUUUCUACACCAUCUACCACGGUCAGACAUAGAAGCAUGUGCAGAUGUUUUUAAGUCAAAAAAUUCAUUGGUUUGGGAAGGUUAUGAAAAUCAGAUGUGGACUUUCAUGGCAGUGAUUGUCAGUCUUCUGAGUGGUUAUGAACCUUCAAGUAAAAUGCCUGAUUUUGAUGGAUGUAAUGUGCCACCUGAGAAAUUUUACCAACCUUAAUAUUAAGAUAUUCAUUAUUAAAGUUUAUAAAUAAUGUUGAAUUUUGAAAUUAAUCUAUUAAUGAAACAUUUUGUCAGAAUAUUAGCACAAAUUUCUUGAUGAUUUUGACAAUAUUUUGUGGGGAGGAAACAAAUGUUAAAAUAUAUGCUGUAUGAUCGUUUCAUAUUUUUACUUUCUCGCAUUCUAUUAAUGUAGUAUAGACAAAAUACUGUAAUGCUGUGCCCAAAACCGGUGAGUUUUCUAUAGAAAAAUUUAUAGUCCCUGAUAAGUGAUGAAGCAGAUAAUUCUUGCUUCUAUAUAUAGCAAAUAACUUUCUCUAUUAUGUUGCAUAGUCAGAAUUCAUGUUUUGCCAAUCCUUGAAAUGGAAAAUUUGGGUUAUGGCAAAACAUCUGUUCAUCUUUCAAUGAACAACACUAGCAGCCAAACCACAAGUGUGAUUUGCUCUAAACUUGGUAUUCCAUUAUCAAUCUGUCUGAUGUCAUAGCUCUAGAAUUGGAAUUUUUUUUGUUUUUUUUUUUUUUUACAUGCAGCCCUAACAUUUUCAAUAUUUUUUUCAAAAAUGGCAUCAAAUUUGUCUCUUUUUUUCCCAAAUAGAUGCACCCUUAACUUGGCAACAUAUGUUGUGGGAUACAUAGAUUUUGUGACAAAAUAUCUAUUAUUAUAAUAAGGAAAUGAUUUGGCAAUGUGAGUCUUAUUUACAAUGUCUUUAAAAUAUAUCAUUCUGUGCUGCACCCUAUUAACUGUAGUAUUUAAGUGCAAGUGAGGAAAUAAAACCCAUUUUGGCACAAGUUGGUUGAUCGUAGGAUGUCUCCAGCACUUCAUUCGGAAAAUAUAAUUAUUUUCGCAUGAUAGCGUUAUUCUUUUGUAUUUAUUGUUAUGGAUCCUCUUCAUAUAUGUUUUUUAAGUAUAACACAUCCAAAAUUGAUGUAUGGAAGAUGAUAAAAUUUAUUCUAGAAUGAUUUUUAAUCAUGGUAUGUGUAGAGAUACAUUGCGAGAUACCUCACAAAGUAAAAUACAAUAUACAAUAUUGUCUUCAAUAAUAUAUGAAGUGUUCUGAUAAUUUAUAAAUUAUUAGUAGAAAAUAUUAUUUAUAUAUAAUAUUAAAUUGAAUCUUUAACAUCACAUUCUGCUGUUGCCCUCUCCCUCAGAAAUUGUAAAAACCGAUGUAGCAGAAGAA